GAUGUGUAAAUUGCCGAAAAUUCGUAUUUCAGCCGGUUAGUUGUUAUAUGACAAUAUGUCGGACAGAAAUUUCGGUGAUUAUACAAACAGGAACAUUGUGAAAAACCCGCUACUAUCGACCGCUGUGACGGGCUUGUCUCUCGAGGAUUUGACACACAAUGCUGUGUUGAUUCCCGUUUCUCUGUCCCAGGAAGUGGUCACACGACCAGAUUUACAAUUCGGCACCCAGACACGCUCCCUGGGGGACUUCCAAAACGUGUCAUCUAAUCACCCGUCUGGCGACACAAAUUCCAACAUCAUCACAUCCCACCAAUCCUCCGCCUCCCAUUCCACACAACGCACCCCACCACAAUCCCCACAAAAUAAUAAAAACAAUGAAGAACCGUUAGUAGCCUUGCCAAAAGCCUUGGUCAAAUCCGAAGACGAUUUUGACGUAAACGAGUACUUCGCAAGACUUCACGGUACGAGAUAUGUCAGUGCGCCUCUAAAUAGUUCUUUGAAAGAAGAUCAAAAUGCGAAUUUGGAGGCAACAGACGAAAAUUUAGAAGAAAUUAACCUAAACGAACCUGAAAAACCAACCGAUGUACCGCAAAGUUUGACUGCUGACAUCGCACAAAACUUUUCGCAGCUACCCACAGUAUUACCUCAAGUUGCAAGUGCGGUAUUUAGUUCAUUUUCAAAUAUGCUGAGUUUGAAGAGUCGUGAUCAGACUCCCGAUGACGUGAAGAAUACUUCAGGAUAUCAAGAUGUGCAGUUUGAAAGGCCUGGCAGUACAGUGACUUCAAUGCCCAUGAUGGAUGAUUUUAGAGUUAAAGAAUUACUGCCACCACCAAAGGAACCGCCUGUUACUGGUACAUCAAACUACAGACUCCCGACAAAGAAGAAAUACGCACAAAUUCCAGGUUUUACGUCUAACACACAACCCGUCUACAAUCCUAUGACGCAAAAUGUUUUCCCUCAGUUACCACCCUCAAGAAGUGAAGUCCAAAAUGAUGAUCCGAACAAGUUUUAUAUGACACCUGAUCAAGGAGCUGGCUUUUCAAGGAAUAUUGGACACUUUGAAUCUAAUAAUAGCAUUUUGAAUCCGUUUUCAAAAACUAAAGAAGAUAAUAAACUCGUCACGCCUCCAAACUCUCCUGCCGAUGGAUCUAAUGCAUCUAUAGUAACAUUAGGUUCUGGUUUGACUAAUUUAACAUCUAUUGACAUGCAAACUGGAAGUCAAGUAACUACUUUACGACAAGGGUGUGUAUUGCCAUCGCAACAUGCAACAGAACAAUCAUUGAUACAUGGAAAUGUUAUUGAACCACUUCCAGUACAGCAAGGUUCUAUUCCUCAAAGGAUUAUAGAAAAAUCAUCAGUUAGGACAGAUAUAGGAUCAAGUCAACCACCGGGAUCUUCAGUAAUACCUCCUCCUCCCAUGUUCUCAAGUCAAACCAGAACAGACAUCCAACCCAGUGUUGGUAAGACAGUCCUGCCACCUUCAGUAGCUAGAAGGGUAACUUCAAAUCAUCCGUUUAUAAAACUUCAGGUUCAACCGGCUGCUUAUGCCGAGACUCUAUUUGUACCUGAUCCUGUAAAUCAUGAUAGUUCUGAAACAGCGACUUUUGCAGGUGUUAUAGACACGUCUUCUAUAAAGCUACCAUCAGCAUUUGCUUCUUUUGCACCUGUAGCAAGUCAGCCGACAGUGACUCCAACAAACGUGUCAGAACCGUCAGUAUUAAAAGAUCAAGACACCUCAAAUCCAGUGUCAAUUUUUACAUCUGGUACCCAAAAUGAAUCACCAUUACCGUCAGCAUUUUUAAAUGAGACUAUUGCGCCACCUCCAAUGUUUAACCCUGCAAGUAUACAGUCUCUGUCAAAUGUACCAUUUGGGUUACCGUUGUAUUCAUCAGGACCUGCAACAAGUUUUCAAACGACUUCAAUCGAAACUACUAAUACUCUUCCAGCUACAUCGCUUUUGACUGGGAUUCAACAAUCUGCAUCACUUGUAUCUAAACUAUCUGGACCAACUACAUCAAUACCACUAGAGCUCUCAGAAUCAAGUCAUGCUAAACCAACUCAAUCAACACUUUUUGGACCAGUGAUGCCUUCUGUACCUCCGGUUACAAAAGUAUCUAAAUCACAAGCACCCAUAGCGCCAUCACCUACUAUGUUUGCUUCAAUGGUGCCUCCGCCUGUUUCUUCUAAAGCCCCAACGCAUCCACUGUUCAAUUCAAGAAAUAUACUUUCUAAUAUACCAGUCCAAGAAACUCCACCUUUAUUCUUAACACCAAGUAUACCUUAUACAGAAGCAAAUCAUUUCUUUAAUCCAAGUGCCAUAGAAUCGAAUACCGCUAAUCCUCAAGAUUUAUCUAGUGAACAAGUUUGCAAUGCUGGUCCUGCUUCAGAACCGCCAAAACACUUAACUGAGCCACCUAAAGCAACUGGAAACCUAAACUACCGAAUGACAAAGAAAAGGCCUCAGUAUUACUCUGGGCCUAUAGAAGGAAUUGGAGCUAUAAGUAAUAAUAUAAAGCCUUUUAUUCAACCUAUAGAAAGUGGUGCUUUUCAAGGCAGUUUUUUUACUCCACAUCAAUCUGCUCCAGAGAUUCAGAGCACUCAAGGUGAAGACAAUACACAACCUUUUGAUAUAAGCCGACCAAUGCAGCAAACAACGUCUUUAGCUCCAUUUGACUUAAGUCAAGCGCAGAAUUACAAUGAGCCGGACUAUAAUACGGCAUUUGAUUUAAGCAGACCUACUGCGGAAAAGUUUGAACCUCCUAAACAAGAAACGAAAGGUUUCGGUCUUAUUGGGUCUUUGAAAUCUAAGCUCAGUUCUAUAGAUAUCAAUAAGAUCCAAAGUAGUGUAACGACAUUCUUUGAUCCUGCUUAUAAUAGUGCGCCUAAAGAAUCAGAAAGCAUACAAGAAAACACUACUUAUGUACAACAGCAGCCUGCGUAUGGGGAAUAUGGACAGACUCAAAGUAAUAAUUUCGAAAUUUUCGUGCCGUUUCCUGAACAAAGUGAUCAACAAAACAAUCAAAGUAGAUAUCAAAGUCUCGGUUCAUGUAAUCAAUAUCAAGAUUAUUAUAGCAAUCAACACAAAUUUGACUCUAAUGCACUACAACGAAGUUACAAUACACCAGCUAGCUCUGUACCGGAAUUUCAAACUGGUCCUAUAAAUUACAAUGACGAAAAUUCGUCAGCUGAUUAUGGGUAUGAUAAAAUAUUCUCACAAAAUAUUAGUCUGUCACAAUCAUCUAGCACCAACUUUCAUAGCUCUUUACAAGAAAAUAUAGAUGAGCAGUCACAAGAAGCAAAUUUAACAUCAAAUCAGACAUAUACCUCAUUAAGCAAUGAUGAACAUGACCAAAAACUUCCAUCUGUGACUGAUAUGCAAGGUCAGUUGUCUGACAUGGUAGUUAAACCACCGCAUUCGAAUAUCUAUGCAAAUUUCCCAAUGGAAAGCAAACAAAAUAGUGAAACAAUAUCUCCGUUUCCACGAUGUUUAGGUCAAUUUCACGAAACAUGUACGCCUGUAUUAAACGACGAACAGGAACUAAAAGAAGACGUAGCUGUAAAAGAUAUGAAGCAAGUAGAUUUCGAUAAAAUAUUUAUUCCUAACUUUAUCCAAGCACAACCUCCAUCCUCUAUAAGUUUCUUCGAUAUGCCACAACCAUUACAAACAAAAUCUGAAGAGAUUGUUCCUAAAGUACCUGAAAGUCGCCAUACCCAAGAUGUAUCCCAUGUCUUUGAAAAGUUUAGUGGUGAAGAUAGUUUUGUUACAGAAUCAAAGCAAAUGGACCAUGCCAAAAUACUGUCGAGUAACCCAUGUGAUUUCUUUUCAAAUUUUGAACCCUUAAAAUCGAAACAUCAAGGGAUUUUAAGUUUCGAAUUGCAAAGUGACAGUGUAGAAAUAAAAAGAGACCAGGGUGAUGUGCCACUUGAGCUAUCAGUUGAUUUAAAUCCAGACUUAACUAUGUCUUCUGCUCCCUUGUUUGGUCUUUCAACUAUGCUUGCUAUCAAAACUAAAGAAUUAAAUGAUUUAGAAAAUGAUAUGAAAAAUUUAGCACUACACGGAGCACCUAAAGAGAUUGAUUCUAUAUUCAAUCGCGACAAAAAUACUAGUUUCUUUGAAAACAUUGGAAAUUCUGAAGCUCAGGAGUUUAAGAAAGAUGAGAUACCUGAUUUAAAUAUUUGCGAAACCUGCAGAGAAGUUAAUAGACCAGAAGACAGGGAUGAGGAAACUGAUGACCUAACAACUCAGCUAAUCGAGAAUAUUGUAUCUCCUAUUCAAUUGUCUAACCCAGUUGAAGUCCCUUUAACUGAAAGUAAUACUCCAGUUGAAGAUAGAGACGAUUUCGAUCGAAAACAAUGCGAAGAAAUAUCUCACAUCACUGAAGACACUAUUGAGACGUUGCAAGUACAAUCUGCGACAGAAUUACUAGAUGAUCAAAGUAAUAACGCAAAUAUUCGAGCAUAUGGUUGGUCAAUAGAAGAAAGAACGCUAGAUGUUUUUAAACAUGAACACGAUUAUGAUAUGCCAAAUCCUCAGGUCCCUAUUGGAUUCAUUGGAAAUAAUUCUCUGUUUACAAAUGCAAGUGAUGAAAUUAAAGCUGAAUUCUAUUCACAUGAUGAAACCCCUGUAGUUUUAUCAAAACAGAUGAGUAUACCAUCAGCCCCACCUGAAGAAGAUUCAAAGUUAGAUGACGCAGGGUUGGACGUUCAUUCCAUAGAACAGGACGCUAAGGAAGACUUUCCAAUCUUUGAAGAAUUUGUCAUCGAACCUUUAGAAACAGAUGAUGAUAAAAUAGAACACAAAGAACGAAAAAGUUCCGAAGACAUUCAAGAAGUAGAUUCUUUUACAAGCAGAGUUGAAAAAUUUAAAAAAUUGGAAGAGACAGGACAGCAAUUAGAACAAGGACAUCAAUCUGCAAUGAUUGACUUGAUAUCCACUACUAGUCCUUCAUUACCAAUAGCAUCUUACUUUGAUACGGGAAAUUAUGCCGCUGAAACUCACUAUCAGUCGCUGUAUACUCAGAUGCGAGUGCCACCAGGCUUUGAAGAAGAAUACCAGAGAAGACUAAGUAACGCCCUCGAUCCUAAUAAAGGAGAUAUUUAUAAGGACAUGUCUCGUGUUCCUGAUACAACCACUCAGACUGCGGCUAUAUUUUCGCCUACAUUUAGCAUGAGUCCAUUCAUUCAGGACAUAACUGUAGCUUCCGUGGCAUCAAAAAUGUCUGAAUCAAUGCAAGAAUCAACAAUUUCAACCGUGAGCAUACAAGAAACACCUGUAAUGACUAAUAUUACUUCAAAGUUAAAUACUAUUUCCGCAAUAAAUCCACCUACUUUUGGACAGUUAUCGUCGAAAGUUGGAAAUAUUUCUGCCUUAGUGAAGGAAAUUUCGGAGCACCAACAGUUGUCCGAAUUAAUACCAAUUAUUAAUAAACGAGAUUUGAUUACCCCGGAUACAUCUCAAGUUUCUGGAGCUCGUCAAGGAAAUUUUGCAACUACGUCAGAAAUGCAAGCAGAUAUUCGUAAACUGACACCGUUUUCGCCUGCAUAUGCCUCUGAAAAUCCGUUAAGAGAGGAAGAAUCUAAUACAUCAAAAGACAAUAAACCUUUAGCUCAAAUAAUUCCUGAAAACUCCCAAACACAUCUUCCUGACCCUUUUAAUUUCUUUUCCAGUAUCAUACCUACUGAUACAUCGGAAGAUAAUUCGGGUUUCAAUAGACUAGCUAGUUACUUCUCGUCGCCAGAUAAAACUGAACAUACCAAGACUUUUUUUGAGCCAAGUCAAGGACAAAAUUAUUAUCGACAUGAAUCUAAAACCCCCGACUUAAAAAAUAUAACAGACGAUAAAGUUACCGACCCUGAUAAAAUUUUUUUUGGACACAGUCAAUGUCAUAACAUAUAUAAAGAAGAUCCGCCAAAUAUAUUCAAUAUUUCACAAGAAAGAUACGUAGCUAAUCUAAAUUUGAUGAAAGAAUUGACUUCUACACAAAAUUUAGAAAUAUCUUCCGAACAAAUUGUAAGAACCAUAAACUAUUUCACAGUUGAAUAUAACAGUGAGUUACUAAAAUCACCUACAGAGUUUACACAUAAAAAUGAAGAUAACAACCGUGUUUAUAUAGACCGUGAACUAGAAAAUGUAUUUAUCGAUAAAACAGAGUUAAUAGAAUACGAUGAUAAUGAAAUCAAUGAUAUUAUAACUGAAUGCAAACAUUGCUGCAAUAUAAAAUAUGGAUAUAUAGAAAGAUAUUAUAAUAUAUUUCGCGAACACUCUAUAACUAGGCCAAUUAAGGUAAAGACCUGCAUGGACACGGGAUCGCCUCCUAAACAUACCGCGAUGGAUAAAGGUUCAGUGUCGUCUAAGAAAUCUAAGAGUGUGUCGAUGGUUGAUAGUUUUUCUAUUGAAGAAGAGUCUAAGGAUGGUGUAAUAGUUGACUCGGAUAAAGAGAACCGAUCCACUGCGGAGUAUACUCCAGUACGUCAUCAUUGGUUCUACCGAAUCGACAUCGAAGGGAAAUCAACAUGGAGAGGCUUCUCCGAAGCGGACUCCAAGGCUUUGGAGGCAGCUUUUAACAGCCCGGAGCUGGACGACAAGACCCUGGUGCCAACUGAUGGUGGAAGAUUUGACGUCAACAUCAUGGAGAGACUCCGACUUGCUGUUUACUGGUCAGAUAAACCUGCUAAUGUUAGGAGAUGUAGCUGGUUCUAUAAAGGCACCACGGAUGCUAGAUAUGUUCCGUAUACAGAGACCGUGGCAGAAAAGCUUGAGGAGGAAUACAAACGGGGCAUGAGUACCGGAGAAUGGCAUAGACGUCUUGUGCUCCCCAACAACGAGCUGGUGGUGAUGCAUGGGCCAGCCGUCAUGGUGCACUUUCUGCAGAGCAGCGCUGCAGAUGCUUUCAGUGGACCCACUAUGUUCGCUUUCGGGAAACGCGUAUACCGCAACCCCCCGAAGAUCAGCGUGGCUCGGAACAUUCCUCCAAAGGUCGACCACCUGCUGCUACUUGUUCAUGGCGCUGGAGAAUAUAGACAUCAGAAGGAGAAGACUGUUAGUUCCUUGCCUUUGGAUGACUUCAGAUCAGCCAGCCUGCAGCUCAUUCAAGCUCAUUAUAAAAGCUCUUUUGAUAACGGCUCCGUGGGGAGAGUUGAGGUAUUACCAAUAUCCUGGCAUACUACACUGCACAGCGGCGAGACCGGCGUGGACCGCCGCCUUGACCGCAUCACGUUGGAUUCUAUCCCGCGUCUUCGGGCUUUCACCAACGACACCGUCUUAGAUGUAUUGUUUUAUACAAGCCCUGUUUACUGUCAGACGAUAAUAAACACCGUUUGUACAGAACUGAACCGCAUCUACCGAUUGUUCUGUUCACGGAACCCGGAUUUCCGUGGUGGGAUUUCCCUCGGCGGCCAUUCCCUGGGCAGUGUCAUUCUGUACGACCUGCUGUGCAACCAGGUGCCUGUGGAACCUCUUCCUAAACAUUCCAAUAAUCCGCCGUCAACGGCGAGCACUAAAUCGUUCAUUACUGGCGCAAUGAACACCGGACUGACGAACAUCCUGUACCCGAAGUUGGAUUUCUCACCAGUUUCUUUGUACGCAUUAGGCAGCCCUAUUGCGAUAUUUGAAUGUAUCCGGGGUGUUGAGAUGCUGGGUCCUAAUUUUAAACUACCUACGUGCCCCAACUUCUUCAAUAUCUUCCAUCCCUAUGAUCCUAUCGCGUAUCGGAUCGAGCCCCUUAUUAACCAAGAGUUAGAGAAAGUGAAGCCGCUGUUAAUACCUCAUCACAAAGGGAGAAAAAGGAUGCAUUUAGAGCUCAAAGAAACUAUGGCACGCGUAGGCGCUGAUAUAAAACAGAAAUUGAUCGAGUCAGUGAAAGCGACGUGGACGAAUAUGUGGAAGACGCAGCCACCUCCGGACAACCAAUUAGAGAAGGUGGUUGAAGAAGAAAUGGAGAAAGAACGACUUACUGAUGUCAAAGACGAUCAACAACAGAACGAGAUUCUCGUAACCUCGGAGAUGCUGGGAAAACUAAAUGGCGGACAACGCGUAGACUAUGUGCUCCAAGAAGCUCCAUUCGAGAUGAUCAACGAG